GAGGGGUCGGCUGCUCCUCCUGGGCAGUGUCCACUUGCUCAAGCUGUACCACCUGCCUUGAGUCUGUGCUGCCGCCUGGAUGCGGUGGCGGGACCGCGUGGCCGUGCUCUUCUUCCCACAAGGCAUGAUUCUCACCAUGGCUGCACUGAUGCUCUUCUUCAUACACCUGACCGUCUUCGCCAGCGACGUGCACAACUUCUGCAUCACCCACCACUAUGACCGCAUGAGCUUCCGCUACACAGUUGUCCUGAUGUUCUCCCAGGUGGUCGGCAUCUGCUGGGCCGCCAUGGGGUCACUCUACGCUGAGAUGACACAUGACAAGUUUCGUCGAUGCUUUUCCCUGACCGUCCUGAUGCUCAACGGAGCCAUGUUCUUCAACCGCCUGUCCCUGGAGUUUCUGGCCAUUGAGUACCGGGAAGAGAACCACUGAGGCCUGGGGCCCAGGCUGAGAAGGGGGAAGGAAAAGGCUGCUUCGGGUGUUUUAAUAAAGUCUGUCAUUUAUUUCCA